UGUUGGUUGAAUUUGUUUUACCAGUUGAUUUUAUUUAAAUUCAGCAGAAAUGCGUAAGAAGCAGGGUGAAGAAAUACCCGGCUUCCCGUCGUUGGAGCAAAGCAACGAUAGCAGCAGAGGCAACGAUGACAUUCUCAAAAGCAAACCCAAAUCGAAGAAAAGCGGCGGCUUUCAAUCCAUGGGAUUGGGAUUUGAGCUCAUCAAGGGCAUCACAAAACGUGGGUAUAAAGUGCCCACGCCAAUUCAGCGAAAGACCAUUCCCUUGAUUCUGGAGGGACGCGAUGUUGUUGCCAUGGCCAAAACGGGUUCGGGUAAAACCGCCUGCUUUCUGAUUCCGCUAUUUGAGAAGCUGCAGCGUCGCGAGCCUACAAAGGGUGCACGUGCCCUGAUCCUGUCGCCAACCCGCGAGCUGGCAGUGCAAACAUACAAGUUUAUCAAGGAGCUGGGACGCUUCAUCGAGUUAAAGACGAUUUUAGUGCUGGGCGGUGAUUCCAUGGAUUCGCAAUUCUCGGCCAUACACACAUGUCCAGAUGUUAUUGUAGCUACGCCAGGUCGCUUUCUGCAUUUGUGCGUGGAGAUGGACUUGAAAUUAAACUCAAUAGAGUAUGUGGUCUUCGAUGAGGCUGAUCGUCUCUUUGAAAUGGGUUUUGGCGAGCAAUUGAAUGAGACACUGCAUCGUUUGCCUUCAUCCCGUCAAAUGGUCAUGUUCUCGGCCACAUUGCCAAAGCAACUGGUGGAAUUUGCACGUGCUGGACUCAGUGAUCCUGUGCUUAUACGUCUGGAUGUGGAGUCCAAGCUGCCAGAUGCACUCUCGCUCAAGUUUCUCUACUGCCGCCCCGAUGAUCGCUAUACCGCUUUGGUGGUGCUGCUCAAGUAUGUGAUACCCAAGGAAGCACAGACAGUUGUCUUUGCCGGCACACAGCAUCACGUGGAGCUGAUUUCAUUUAUAUUAACAACAGCUGGCAUAUCAAACACUUCCGUGUACUCCAGCUUGGAUGCAUCUGCGCGUAAAAUCAACACAGCAAAGUUUGCCAGCAAAAAAGUUUCCGUUUUAAUUGUCACAGAUGUGGCUGCUCGCGGUAUUGAUAUACCCAGCUUGGAUUAUGUUGUUAAUUUACACUUUCCGGGCAUACCAAAGCUAUUUGUGCAUCGUGUGGGACGUUGUGCUCGUGCUGGACGCACUGGCACUGCCUAUUCUAUAUUCUCCACAGACGACACAGCUCAUUUACUGGACUUGCACUUGUUUCUCAAUCGUCCAUUCAAUAUCAAUGACAGUUCCUCGAUAGGCACAAUACCACAAGAUCUGUUAGAAGAGGAGCAUCUGAGCGUAACGGAGAUUAAGAAGAGUCAUCAUAUUGCCGGCGUUUUGCGCACCAGCGAGAAUGCCUACAAGAAAUACUUGAGCUCUCGUCCCGUUGCAUCCACGGAUGCCAAUGCGCGUGUCAAGAAGAUUAAAUUCUUUGCCCUAAAGUCACUAGAGGAUUUCUUUGAUGCUGCACCCGUUUUAGAGCAAGCUGCUAAAAUUAGUGGCCAAGAACUCAAUGCCAAUUCAAAGGAAGAUGUGGCAGAAUCGGAGCGAAAAUUGGAGGAGGAGAAACAUGAUAUAUUGGUCAAAAUGCGCAACUUCCGACCACCUGGUACCAUCUUCGAGCUAAAUACCACACAAAAAUCGGUGCCUUUUGUGGUUAUGAAGGAGAAACGCUCUCAGCACGCUGAAGUUAUUGAAAAGUUUCGCCUGCAACGCGCCAAGGAGGAUGUGGAUGAGGCCCAAAAGGUGGAGGAAGCACAGAAGCUGCCAACGAGUUCCACUGUCGAUGACGAGACCAUUAAAGAUGCCUUCAAAAAGGUUGUGGCGCCCAAGAAACGACAGAAUAUGGAUGCGCUGUAUACAGACAAAUCGAAGAAAAAGAAGCGCAAGUUGCAAGUAAAGGAUGAGGAGAACUAUAUACCAUAUCAGUCGGCGGAUAAAGCCACAGAAGAUGGUCUCGCCAUCAACUCCUUUGAACGCCAGGCUCGUAACGCAGAAUUCUCUGUGGCGGAUCGCAGUCGAACCCAAGAGACACAGCAUAAGCCGGGUCUCAAGAAAUGGGAUCGUAUAAAGAAGAAAAUGGUAUCGGUUCAGGAUCCACGUUCAAACAAGAUUCGCACAGAAUCUGGCGCUUGGAUACCUGCUUCCUUUAAGACAGGUCGCUACAAUAUGUGGAAGGAGAAGUCCAAGAUUGAGGAGCAGCUACAACGUGAGAAUGCGGAUAGCGAUGACGACAACUUCAAGCCCUUGUCCCAUAAACAACGGUAUCCUGUUGGUCGUCACGCACGUUACAAUGCAAAAUUGGAGCUGAAGAAACGCAUCAGCGGCAAUGACAAGGAAAUGCGUAAACCGGAACAAAUUGUCAAAUCUCGCAUGCGACUGGACUUCAUCAAGAGGCGCAACGAGGAAAAUACCACGAAAAAAGCUGAGAAUCGCAAACGUAGCAUGCGAAAGAGUCAAAGGCCCAAACCAGCUCCACAAAAGAAGGCGGCAGGAGGUGCCAAGAGACGCAAAUAGGCAAAAGAAUAACUCUAUUAAAGUCUAGUUAUAUAUUAACAAGGGAUCUUAAUUGUUAAAAUUUUUAAAAAUAAAAAUUGUGACCACAAUUAUUUUCCAAUUU